AUGUUGCGGACGGCAUGGAAGUCACCAAUUUUUGUGAAAGAAUUGGACGGAAUCUUAUUGUCACCAGCGAGUUCCACGCAAAUACUCUCAAAUUUGAGUCAGAAAUCAAUUUCAUCGACUGCAGUGCUCCAUAAAAGUCGUGCUGAUUCAUUUUAUCCGAAUAUUAAACGAGAUAUCAUCGUAUUUAAGGCAACAAUUGAUCGUUCGCAAAUGUUAACGUACGAAAUGGCACAAAGACCACACCAUAUUGGAGUCAAGAAAGCUUGGCUCACAUGGCAUUCACAGAAUCUUGAAGAAUUCCGACAGACGCAACCCUAUCAGGUUCUUACUCUCGUAACAACUGAAAACGAGUUCCUCCCAUUCUUAAUUUGA